GUCUUCCUAUAUAUACAUAUUCAAUCAUUUUCACCUGAUUUUAUAAGAAUAAAAUAAAAUCUCUCUCAAUAUCUCACUCCUUAUAAUAUAAUAUAUAGCCAUGAAAAUGAGAUCAAGUGAAGAUGAAAUGGAAUCAUUUUCAUCUAUUCACAAGGUGAAUUUCAGUACUGCUCCAAGAAGUUUCCCAACUUUACUAAAGGAUCAUGUGAAAGAAACCCUAUUCCCCGACGAUCCAUUCCAUCAGUUCAGGAACGAGUCAUCUUCUUCAAGAAGAGUCAUCAAAGUCUUAAAAUACUUCGUACCCGUUUUCGAAUGGCUUCCAAACUACACUUUCAACUUAUUCAAAUACGAUCUUCUAGCCGGAAUCACCAUUGCCAGUCUUGCCAUUCCUCAAGGAAUCAGUUAUGCCAAACUCGCCAACGUCCCACCCAUUAACGGCCUAUAUUCGAGCUUUGUGCCUCCUCUGGUGUAUGCAAUAUUUGGAAGUUCAAAACACGUGGCGGUGGGAACGGUGGCGGCUUGUUCAUUGCUGAUAUCGUCAAUUAUAGGAGAAAAGGUGUCGCCAAUUCAGGACCCAACUUUGUAUCUCAAUCUCGUCUUCACCGCUACUUUUAUCUCCGGCGUUUUCCAGACCGCUAUGGGUUUUUUAAGGCUUGGAAUAUUGGUGGAUUUCUUGUCUCAUUCGACGAUCACCGGAUUUAUGGGAGGGACUGCUACCAUCAUCAUCCUCCAACAACUUAAGGGCGUGUUUGGAGUCAUCCAUUUCACUACCAAGACCGACGUCGUUUCAGUCGCACGUGCUCUUCUUGCCCACCGACAUGAGUGGCGAUGGGAAAGCGCAGUGGUCGGCAUCAUCUUCCUUGCAUUCCUUCAAUUCACCAAAUAUGUGAAACAAAAGAAGCCAAAACUAUUUUGGGUGUCAGCAGUGGCGCCUAUGGUGGUAGUUGUUACUGGUUGUCUUUUUGCAUAUUUUGCUCAUGCUGAGAAACAUGGAAUUCAAACGGUGGCUCGAUUAGAAAGGGGAAUAAAUCCAUUUUCCAUUAAACGCUUGACUUUCGACUCCAAGUAUAUUUCAGCACCUCUUAAAGCUGGAUUAAUCACGGGAAUGAUUGCUCUUGCUGAAGGGAUAUCAAUUGGGAGAAGUUUUGCCAUAAUGGAGAAUGAACAUGUUGAUGGGAAUAAAGAGAUGAUUGCUUUUGGUUUUAUGAAUAUUAUUGGAUCACUAACUUCAUGUUACUUAACUACAGGGCCAUUUUCAAAGACAGCAGUGAAUUUUAAUGCUGGUUGUAAAACAGCAAUGUCUAAUGUGGUGAUGGCAAUAUGCAUGUUACUUACACUUCUCUUAUUGGCUCCUCUCUUUAGAUUUACUCCUUUGGUGGCUCUUUCUUCCAUUAUCAUCUCAGCCAUGCUUGGUCUUAUUGAAUAUGAAAAGUUUUACCAUCUCUUUAAAACCGAUAAAUUCGAUUUCCUUAUUUGCGCUGCUGCAUUCUUUGGCGUUUCCUUCAUCAGCAUGGAUAUCGGCUUAGUUCUGUCGGUUGGACUUGCUCUAUUGAGGUCACUUUUAUAUGUGGCUAGACCAGCCACUUGUAAGCUUGGGAACAUCCCGGACUCGAACUUGUAUCGAGAUGUCGAACAAUAUCCACAGGCGAUUGGGAUCCCUGGUUUCCUAAUCCUCCAGCUCGGUUCUCCUAUUUAUUUUGCUAAUUGUGGUUACAUAAGGGAAAGGGUAUUGAGAUGGGUUAGAGAUGAACAAGGUAUUGCUCAAGGCAACUAUGUUGAGAACAUUUUGCUGGAUUUGGGAGGCGUGACAUCCAUUGAUAUAACUGGGAUUGAGACCCUUGAAGAAAUACACAAAGCUUUAAAAGCAAAAGGAAUCAAGAUGGGUUUGGUGAAUCCAAGGCUGGAGGUAUUAGAGAAAUUGACAGUGAGCAAAUUCAUAAAAGAAUUUGGAGAAGAGAAUGUGUUUUUGUCGGUUAAAGAAGCAAUUGAAUCAAACAAAUUUACUUUAAAAAGUGUGAAGCAAUUUGCUGAAGUGUGAGAAUGCAACCAUAAUCUUAUCUAUGUUUGUAUUAAUUAAUUAAUUAGCCUUUGUUCAGGGUCUAUUAUAAUGUAUUUAUUAUUAACCGUACAAAUAUGGUUGAGCUUGAGCCUCCUAAAUACGGACAAUAAUAUGCAUUAUUAGGCGUACAAGGAUGUUUGUGGCUCCUAAAUUAGAGCCUACUAUUUGUAAUCUUUGUAUUUUCUUUUU